ACUUCCCCAAAUUCGUCAGCGAUAUAAAAGGACGACGGCCGGAGGAAAAGACAGCGUCAAAGCUUUGGCCUUUUGCUCUCGCGCUCAUCGAAAGUCUCCAUUUUCUUUGGCGAGAGGGAGGGAGGGAGCACCGAGAUUGAAAACCCUAACCCUAGAUUUCGAUCUUGUUAGGGUUUCGAUCUCCCGGAGCCCCCGAUUCCCCUCCAUUUCAGAGAGAUUCCGAUCUCGCCGGGGCUUCGAUGUCCAUUAGAGGGAUGGGGGUCUUCAAUAAGUUGAGGAAUCUCGAUGCGUAUCCAAAGGUCAACGAGGAUUUCUACAGCAGGACGCUCUCGGGGGGUCUUAUUACCAUCUUCUCUUCGAUUGCCAUAGUUUUCUUGUUCGUAUCGGAGAUCGGUCUCUAUCUUCACUCGGGAACUCAGACAAAACUUGUAGUAGAUACUUCUAGAGGAGAGAGAUUACGUGUCAACUUUGACGUCACCUUCCCAUCUGUUCCUUGUUCGCUUAUAGCUGUUGAUACCAUGGAUAUCAGUGGUGAACAACACAUUGAUAUAAGACACGACAUAAUAAAAAAUAGAAUAGACCAUCUUGGUAAUGUUAUCGCGACAAGACAGGAUGGUGUUGGUGCACCCAAGAUUGAAAAACCUUUGCAGAGGCAUGGUGGAAGACUUGAUCAUAAUGAGACCUACUGCGGUUCUUGUUAUGGUGCUGAAGUGUCAGAUGAUGACUGCUGUAACUCAUGCGAAGAAGUUCGUGAAGCAUACCGAAAGAAAGGAUGGGGUCUGUCAAAUCCUGAACUAAUUGACCAGUGUUCUAGGGAGGGCUACAUCAAUCAGAUUAAAGAGGAGGAAGGUGAAGGUUGCAACAUUAACGGGUUUGUGGAUGUCAAUAAAGUAGCUGGGAAUUUUCACUUUGCGGCUGGAAAAUCUUUGCACCACUCGCAAAACUUUCUGUCAAGUUUAUUGGAUCUUCAACUGGGAAAUUAUAACAUAAGCCACAAAAUAAACAGACUAACGUUUGGAGAAGAUUUCCCUGGUGUAGUCAACCCACUUGAUGGUGCACAAUGGAUGCAUCACACGUCAUCUGGGAUCUAUCAGUAUUUUAUCAAAGUGGUCCCAACAAUCUACACAGAUUUAACAGGACACAAAAUUCACUCCAAUCAGUUUUCGGUGACUGAGCACUUCAGUGAUGAGCAUGUUUAUCCUAAUCCCCCUCCUGGGGUAUACUUUGUCUAUGACUUUUCUCCAAUCAAGGUGAUCUAUACCGAAGGAAGCACACCGUUCCUGCACUUCCUGACAAACAUAUGCGCUAUAAUCGGAGGUGUUUUCACCGUUGCUGGGAUCAUCGAUUCCUUCAUCUAUCACGGCCAACGGGCAAUUAAGAAGAAGAUGGAUCUUGGGAAGUACAGAUAAUUUAACGAUGUCCGAUUUUUUUCAAUUGCUUUUAUGAGGAUGAACUGUCUGUUUCGCGAAGAACAAUUCGAGGAAACAGAAGGCGAUGAUGGCGGGUGAACUAUCGAGAUUGACUGAUGAACUCUGAUCACCCAAUUUUGUACCUUAUAUAUAACUUUAUUUUAUUGUAACAUUAUUUCAUUAUUGAAGCAUCACUUGCAUAUUUGGUCAUCAUCAAAUCGUUGUUCAACGUACUCAGUUUCA